AUGGCUUAUAUGUGUACCGACAGCGGAAAUCUGAUGGCCAUAGCUCAACAAGUCAUUAAGCAGAAGCAGCAGCAAGAGCAACAACAUCAGCAGCAGCAGCAGCAACAGCUUCUGGGCAUCAAUCCAUUUUGCUUGAGCCCAUGGUCAACCACCCACCAGAGCUUGGCCAACAGUCCCACUACCUUGGGCGGCUAUGGUUUGACGGGCCCCGGUUUCCCCGACCCUUUUCAGGUUCCUGCCGGGCCGGAAGCUGGAGAACCUGGGUUUCAUUUCCCACCCCUUGAUCCCAACUCCGCCGGGUUCAGGUUCGCCGAUUUCUGUGGUCCGCCUGGCGCCGGCGAGUUUGAUUCGGAUGAGUGGAUGGAGAGUUUGAUGGGCGGUGGGGAUUCCACUGGGAGCUCUAAUCUCCAUUCUGGCUGUGACGCGUGGCAGGCCACCUCCGAUUUCAAUAUCUACAGUUCCGAUCCGUUUUCCACUUGCCCGAGUCGACUCAGUAUCGGGUCGUCCCCUCCCUCGGAUCUUAACCGGGUCAUACCGCCCGAAUCCGCGCACAAGAAUUACAGUAUCCCUCCGCUGCAACCUCAAACCUCUCAGUGGGCUCCACCUUCAUCCUCCUCCCUUCCACUGCAAGCCGUUAAAGACACCUCGAGAGGGGAGCUCAACAGCGCCACUCACCAAAACGACGCAGCUUUGAUAGCCAGCACAUCCUCCACGUCUCCGCAUGAUGCCUCCGCUUCACCUUGCUCCAAGCCGUUAUUCAAAGCCUUGAUUGAAGCCGCCAGGUUAUCGGAGUCCGACCCGGAUAAUGCAGUGAAAUCAUUGAUUCGGCUCAGGGAAUUGGUUUCCCAGCACGGCGAUCCGACCGAGCGGGUUGCUUUCUAUUUCUUCGAAGCGCUUUACAGUCGGUUAUCUGAACAAGCCGGGAAUAAGCCGGCGACGUUGGAAGCAACUCCGGAAGAGCUCACGCUCUGUUACAAAGCUCUCAACGACGCUUGCCCUUACUCAAAGUUCUCUCAUCUGACGGCUAACCAAGCAAUUCUCGAGGCAACGGAAAACGUUCAGAAGAUUCAUAUUAUCGAUUUCGGUAUUGUACAGGGAGUUCAAUGGGCUGCUCUUUUGCAGGCUUUGGCAACUCGGCCUACUGGGAAGCCCGAUAGAAUUCGGAUCUCUGGUAUUCCGGCACCUCUAUUGGGGAAGUCUCCGGAAGCCGCCUUAUUGGCUACAGGGAAGCGUUUGAGUGAUUUUGCUAAGCUUCUGGAGCUCAACUUCGAGUUCGUUCCGGUUUUAGCCCCGGUUGAGGAGUUAACAGGGGAGAGUUUUCGGGUUGACGCCGAUGAGGUAUUGGCCGUGAAUUUUAUGCUUCAGCUGUAUAACUUGCUGGACGACGGGAAGUGUGGGGUGGAAGCUGCGUUAAGGCUUGCCAAGUCGCUGAGCCCGAAAGUGGUGACCUUGGGUGAAUAUGAGGUAAGCCUGAACCGGGUUGGAUUUCUGACCAGAUUCAAGAACGCCCUUGUUUACUACUCCUCCGUAUUUGAAUCAUUAGACCCCAACUUGGACCGGAACUCAGCGGAGAGGCUGCAGGUUGAGAGAUUAUUGUUUGGACGGAGAAUUGCCGGGGUCGUGGGACCGGAAGAUGCAGGUACGAAAAGGCAGCGUAUGGAAGAUAAAGAACAGUGGAGGAUAUUGCUGGAGAAUGCCGGUUUUGAGCCGGUGACUCUCAGCCAUUACGCAAUGAGUCAAGCAAAAAUCCUUCUUUGGGAUUACAGUCAAUCGUAUAAACUAAUUGAUUCUCAACCUGGUUUUCUGUCAUUGGCCUGGAAUGAUCUUCCUCUUCUCACUGUUUCUUCAUGGCGUUGA